AUGAAAACAAACCUCUUGGCAACCGAUGUUCUAUACCGCACUCUGGAAGAGACUGCAAAAGUGCCGCAGGAAAUGGACAACAACGAGAAGCUGCCGCUGGAGGCAAUGAACUCUACACGCGCUUCCCUCGAGUUUGGCAUUCGAUUCCCUAACGACGCUGUUGAUGAAGAGGACGAAUGGUGCGACUUCACAGAGGACCAUGAUCAGCCAUUUCCAAAUCUAAUGCGCAAUCCUAAGCUGCUCUUAAGCCCCACAGCUCCUGUAGCCACUGAAGAUGUAAAAGUGAGCACCGAACACUCUCAGUAUCAGGACACUGGUGGCGACGGCUUAGGCGUCGGGUCGAGUACGGAGGAGUCGGGAAAAACUGCAUGUCCUUGGCUAAGAGUUGAGCCAAAUGAGAUCUCCAAUUGCGGCACGACAAUUGUUGAAUCCGUAGAAAGGAAAUCACAGCCACAAAUUGCAGCACAACCCGAUAUAAUGGCCAAAAAAUCAGUCUAUGUGCCGCCAGCCUUGCGUGCGAGUCAAAUCGAUAUGAAGGUGCGUCCCAAAAAGCCCACAACUCCAAGUGCAGCAGUCAAACUGUCCAAGGGCCAGGCUCCGGACAUAAAUAAUGUCGAAUAUUUUCCCUCACUUUCUCCCUCUCACAUUUCGAAACGUGCCAAGUAG